UGAGUUUACUUGUUGCAGCCAAUAGCAGGGCCAUCUCAGCCAGCCAGCACUGGAUACUAUCUGGCCAGAAGUAACAAAGCAGCUCUUAUUUGAAAAACCACUGGGUUCUGAGUUCAUUACUACAGGAAAAACUGUUCUCUUCUGUGGCACAGAGAACCCUGCUUCAAAGCAGAAGUAGCAGCUCCGGAGUCCAGCUGGCUAAAACCCAUCCCAGAGGAUAAUGGCAAUCCAUGCCUUAGAAAUCGCUGGGCUGUUUCUUGGUGGUGUUGGAAUGGUGGGCACAGUGGCUGUCACUGUCAUGCCUCAGUGGAGAGUGUCGGCCUUCAUUGAAAACAACAUCGUGGUUUUUGAAAACUUCUGGGAAGGACUGUGGAUGAACUGCGUGAGGCAGGCUAACAUCAGGAUGCAGUGCAAAAUCUAUGAUUCCCUGCUGGCUCUUUCUCCGGAUCUACAGGCAGCCAGAGGACUGAUGUGUGCUGCUUCCGUGAUGUCCUUCUUGGCUUUCAUGAUGGCCAUCCUUGGCAUGAAAUGCACCAGGUGCACGGGGGACAAUGAGAAGGUGAAGGCUCACAUUCUGCUGACGGCUGGAAUCAUCUUCGUCAUCACAGGCAUGGUGGUGCUCAUCCCUGUGAGCUGGGUUGCCAAUGCCAUCAUCAGAGAUUUCUAUAACCCAAUAGUGAAUGUUGCCCAAAAACGUGAGCUUGGAGAAGCCCUCUACUUAGGAUGGACCACGGCACUGGUGCUGAUUGUUGGAGGAGCCCUGUUCUGUUGUGUUUUUUGUUGCAACGAAAAGAGCAGUAGCUACAGAUACUCGAUACCUUCCCAUCGCACAACCCAAAAAAGUUAUCACAUGGAAAAGAAGUCACCGAGCGUCUACUCCAGAAGUCAGUAUGUGUAGUUGUGUACUUUUUUUAACUUUACUAUAAAGCCAUGCAAAUGACAAAAAUCUCUAUUAUUUUCUCAGAAUGGACCCCAAAGAAACUUUGAUUUACUGUUCUUAACUGCCUAAUCUUAAUUACAGGAACUGUGCAUCAGCUAUUUAUAAUUCUAUAAGCUAUUUCAGCAGAAUGAGAUAUUAAACCCGAUGCUUUGAUUGUUCUAGAAAGUACAGUAAUUUGUUCUCUAAGAUAGUUCAAGCAUCUACUCUUUUUAUCAUUUACUUCAAAAUGACAUUGCUAAAGACUGCAUUAUUUUACCACUUUAAUUUCUCCAUGACAUAGCAUUAUGUACAUAGAUGAGUGUAACAUUUAUAUCUCACAUAGAGACAUGCUUAUAUGGUUUUAUUUAAAAUGAAAUGCCCAUCCAUUACACUGAAUAAAUAGAACUCAACUAUUGCUUUUCAGGGAAAUCAUGGAUAGGAUUGAAGAAGAAUGAUGAAUUUUGACAAGAAAUCAUAUGUGUAUGGGUAUAUUUCAAUAAGUAUUUGAGUAAAGACUUUGAGGUUUCAUCAAUAUAAAUAAAAGAGCAGAAAAAUAUGUCUUGGUUUUCAUUUGCUUACCAAAAAAACAACAACAAAAAAAAUAAAGUUGUCCUUUGAGAACUCCACCUGCGCUUAUGCGGGUACCUGAGUCAAAAUUGUCAUUUUUGUUCUGUGAAAAAUAAAUUUCCUUCUUGUACCAUUUCUGUUUAGUUGUACUAAAAUCUGUAAAUACUGUAUUUUUCUGUUUAUUCCAAAUUUGGUGAAACUGACAAUCCAAUUUGAAAGUUUGUGUCGACGUCUGUCUAGCUUAAAUGAAUGUGUUCUAUUUGCUUUAUACUUUUAUAUUAAUAAAUUGUACCUUUUUCUAAUUA